AUGAGCUUGACACCUUUGUAUCUAGGUUAUGAUCAUGUUACCUUCUACGUUGGUUCUGUUAAGGCAAUGGCAUCUUUCCUAAUUGAUAAGUAUGGCUUUAUACCAUACUGUACUAUGGGAUUGGAAACUGGCUCAAGAAAGGUUUCUGGCUUUGUUGUUAAGAAUGGUAACGUCAUUAUCCAGCUUAUCAACACUGUGAUUCCAUUACAUACCCAGAGAACGGAUCCCUUAGUUGAUGUAAUUCACACUCAUAUUGCUUAUCAUGGAGAUUCUGUCAAGGAUGUGGCGUUCAAGGUUGAUAAUGUUGAAGGGGCCUACGAGAUGGCAAUUGCAGGAGGCGCCAAGUCACUUAUGGAGCCUAAGACGUUUAUCGACGAAUUCGGGGAAAUAACUAUGGCUAGAGUUUCUGGUAUUGCAGAUACUGUUCAUACUUUGGUCAACAGGUCAAAGUAUAAUGGUUUUUUACCUGGACCAUAUCGCAUGGAGGAGUAUAGUUUCAACGAUGAGGUCCACAAAGAUGAGCCAAUUAGUCUAAAUUGUAUUGAUCAUGUCGUUCAGAAUGAUGGAUGGAAUAAAAUGGAGGAAGACUGCAAGUAUUAUGAGAAGGUGUUUGGAUUUCAUCAAUUUUGGUCAGUCGAUGACAGCGUCAUUCAUACUGAUUAUUCAGCAUUGAAAUCAACUGUCAUGGCUUCCGAAAACGAGAUUAUUAAACUGCCAAUUAACGAGCCUGCUAAAGGUUUAAAGACUUCUCAGAUUGAGGAAUUUAUGGAGUUUAAUGGCUCUGCAGGGAUUCAGCACCUUGCUUUGAGAGUGGACGACAUUUUAACUACUGUUGAUCACAUGAAAAAGCGUGGUGUCGAGUUCAUCAUUGUUCCUGAACAAUACUACAGCAGUCUUAAAAAGAGGUUGGAAAACUCCAAGCAUCCAAGGUUUGUCGAACCUUUUGAGAGGAUCAAAGAAUUGGGGAUCCUUGUCGACUACGACGAACAUGGUUACCUCUUGCAACUUUUUACACGCCCAUUGUUCGACAGGCCAAGCUUUUUCUUGGAAAUUAUUCAAAGAAGAAACCAUGAUGGCUUUGGAGCGGGGAACUUCAAAAGCUUGUUUGAAGUCCUUGAACUUGACCAGGCCAGAAGAGGAAACCUACGGGAUUCAAAUUAG